UGAGCGUGAACUCGAGCUUUUGCCCGUUGCAUGCAGCAGUCAGCCGGUCUGCAUCAACUUAGUCAAUGGAUAAUCGAGCGCUAUGAAAUCGCCUUAAACACGACUUUUAGGAAUAACAAGCUCGACCGCGCUUCUCCGUGACCGUUAUAUGUUUUAAAAGGACCCUUCUUGCUAGCACCGAGUAUUUUAGCCGGACUACAAUUGUGAAGAUGUCAGUGGUGGGAUUCGAUGUGGGCUUCCAGAGCUGUUACGUUGCUGUGGCCAGGGCCGGCGGAAUAGAGACCGUAGCGAACGAAUACAGCGACAGAUGUACACCGUCAUUUGUGUCGUUUGGUCCUCGUAACCGAUCGAUAGGGGCAGCCGCCAAAAGCCAGGUGGUCACAAACUGCAAGAACACCGUGCAGGGUUUCAAGCGAUACCAUGGCAGGGCGUUCAGCGACCCGUACGUUCAGGCGGCGAAGUCCGGCCUGGUCUUUGAUCUCGCUCAGAUGCCGACCGGAACCACUGGUAUUAAGGUCAUGUAUAUGGAGGAGGAGAAGGUGUUCAGCAUUGAGCAGGUGACCGCCAUGCUGCUGACCAAACUGAAGGAGACCGCUGAAGCUGCUCUCAAAAAACCUGUGGCAGACUGCGUCAUCUCUGUUCCCAGCUUCUUCACUGAUGCUGAGAGAAGAUCAGUCAUGGACGCUGCUCAGAUCGCAGGCCUGAACUGCCUCCGACUCAUGAACGACACCACGGCAGUUGCACUGGCCUAUGGGAUCUACAAACAGGACCUGCCUGCUCCCGAGGAGAAGCCCAGGAUCGUGGUGUUCGUGGAUGUGGGUCAUGCUGGUUACCAGGUCUCUGUGUGCGCCUUUAACAAGGGGAAGCUGAAGGUUCUGGGUUCCGCGUUCGACCCCGAGCUGGGCGGAAAAGACUUCGACGAGGUGCUGGUCAAGUACUUCUGCGAGGAGUUUGCGCAGAAGUACAAGCUGGACGUGCGAUCCAAGCCCCGCGCUCUGGUGCGCCUCUACCAGGAGUGCGAGAAGCUGAAGAAACUCAUGAGCGCCAACUCCUCGGACCUGCCGCUCAACAUCGAGUGCUUCAUGAACGACAUCGACGUCUCCAGCCACCUCAACAGAGCCAAGUUUGAGGAGUUCUGCUCAGAGCUGCUGGCCAAGGUAGAGGCUCCGCUGCGCAGCAUCAUGGAGCAGACCAGACUGAAGAAAGACGACAUCUAUGCAGUGGAGAUCAUAGGCGGCGCCUCCAGGAUUCCAGCCAUCAAAGAGAGGAUCAGCAAGUUUUUCGGGAAGGAGCUGAGCACGACGUUGAACGCCGAUGAGGCUGUGGCCAGAGGAUGUGCUCUGCAGUGUGCGAUCCUGUCGCCCGCCUUCAAAGUGCGCGAGUUCUCCAUCACUGACGUGGUUCCCUACCCCGUCUCUCUGAAGUGGACCUCGGCGGCUGACGAAGGCGUCAGUGACUGUGAAGUUUUCCAGAAGAACCACGCUGCACCCUUCUCUAAAGUGUUGACUUUCUACCGGAGAGAGCCUUUCUCUUUGGAGGCCUACUACAACAAUCCCAAAGAGCUGCCGUAUCCCGAUCCUACCAUAGGCCAGUUUAACAUCCAGAAGGUGGUGCCCCAGCUGUCCGGUGAGAGCUCGAAGGUGAAGGUGAAGGUGCGUGUGAAUGUUCACGGGGUCUUCAGUGUGUCCAGCGCCUCCCUGGUGGAGGUCGUGAAGUCCGCGGAGGGAGAGGAACCCAUGGAGACGGAGACUCCGUCCAAAGAGGACGAGAACAAGAUGCAAGUGGAUCAAGAAAUGCAGAAGGCUCAAGGUGACGAUCAGAAAGAACACGCAGAUAAGAAAUCAGACACGGAAGACAUGGAGACCGCAGAUGACAACAAACAAGAGGAGAAGAAGAAUGAACCUCCGCAAGCCAAGAAAGCCAAGGUGAAGACAAAGACGGUGGAUCUUCCCAUCGAGAACAGCCUGCACUGGCAGCUGAGCAGCCAAACGCUCAAUCUGUUCAUGGAGAACGAGGGGAAGAUGAUCAUGCAGGAUAAGCUGGAGAAAGAAAGAAAUGAUGCCAAGAAUUGUGUGGAAGAAUAUGUUUAUGAAAUGAGAGAGAAACUUCACGGAGUGCUGGAGAACUUUGUCAGCGAGGCUGAUCGAGAUUCUUUCUCCUUGAAGCUGGAGGACACUGAAAACUGGUUGUAUGAAGAAGGAGAGGACCAGCAGAAGCAAGUGUACAUCGAUAAACUGGCCGAGCUGAAGAAACUGGGAGAACCGAUUCUAAGCAGAUACGUGGAGGCAGAGGAGCGGCCCAAAGUGUUGGACGAGCUCGGGAGGCAAAUCCAGCAGUACAUGAAGGUCGUCGAGGCUUAUAAAGCCAAGGAUGAGCUGUACGACCAUUUGGAUGAGCUGGAGAUGAUGAAGGUUGAAAAGCAGGUGAAUGAAACCAUGACCUGGAUGAACAACAAAAUGAAUCUGCAGAGCAAGCAGAGUCUCAGUCAGGACCCUGUGAUUAAAGCCCAAGAGAUCCAGGCCAAAACAAAGGAGCUGUAUUCCGCUUGCAAUCACGUCGUCUCCAAGCCCAAGCCCAAAGUGGAGCCUCCCAAGGAGGAGACGCCGGUGGAGCAGAAUGGCCCUGUGAAUGGACAGGAGGGUUCGGACCCGGAGAAGGGCCAAGCUGCGCCGGAAAACACAGAGGCCAAGCUUCCUGAAAUGGACAUCGACUAGGUUCUCUCGGCCCUCUUCUGCGCCCGCACCAGCCUCUCUCACGCCUCUCUCACGCCUCCGAGUUUGGAUUCAGAAAAACGCAAAAAAAAAAAAAAAAAAAAAAAAAAACACAAAAAAAAGGUUGAUUUUGAAGCAGGCUGACCAGUUCAGUUCUCCUGCUGUUGGUGGCAUGUUUCUUUCUUUUUCUUUCUUUCUUUCUUUCCGUUUUGCUGUUUAAAAACAGGAUGCAUAGAGAUCCAAUCUCUCUUUUGGUUUCUUCGAACAGGAAAAAAACAUGUUACAGAUACAGGACGAGAACCUGGUCUUUGUAGCUUUUUUUUUUUUAUUUUUAUGAUGUAUCCACGGUUCCAGUUUCCUGAAUAUAGAAAGUGGACGUGAUUCUCAAACGGGACGGACUGGUUUAGCACUGUUUAACGGAUAACACGUUUCUGUUCUCGACUACUGUUUGGAGAGUUCAUUAGCUUCGAAGAUUUGCCGCACAGACUUAACUUCACACGUGAAGUUUCUAACUACCAGAUCUCGGUGGAAAAAGCACUGAAACCGCCGAACCUUUUCUCGAGGCAGAGGCGUGAGCUGCACUGUACGUCCAAGUAGAGCUGAGUUACUGUUAAUGCAGUAUUUCGUGGUGAAAGGUGCGUCGUUCUGUGUCCACGGCCUGCGUGUGCUCGCUUUUUUGGGUCUAGCCCUGUUAGUCUGUUUUCCUUUUCUACUCUGCAGCCUGUGUGUGAGUGUGUGUGUGUGUGUGUGUGUGUGAAUGGUGGAGACUAAUUUGGUGUCCGUUCCGCUCACGAAUGAUGAGAAUGAUGAGAAUAAACCAUUCAUUUUGGUAUAGAGUCAAAAGAAUUUAUUGGAACGUAUUGGAAUGUAUUUAUUGGAUGUACUGUACAUACUGGUUUACUUUUAGUGUAAUUACAGUGUCGGUUUAGUGGGGUGAAAUAAAAUCAUCAGGUAUUUUGAAAA